CGCUCACUAAACCCUCCGUUGUGCCCUGCGAUGGACUUCGGCCCCGAAGCUCCUCCAUUAACUACCUCUCAACGUCGCGGCCCUCCAUGGCGGAUUCCGCCCUUGCCCGCCGCGGCCUCCUGCUGCUAUCACCGUCAGCCGCCUCGUGGGGCGGCAGGAGACUCUUCGCCUCGGUCUGCCAUCCGUUACAAACUCUUUCUGAUGAGCAAAUUCGUGGCCACGAUCGGAACGACAACAAGGGGAAAUGGUUCACCUUGCCCCCAUUUGAUGGUACAGCUGACGGUGCCUCUUUGGGGAGAGAGGUAGCAGCUCAAUCUUCCGUUGCGGCUGCCACCACCACCUCUACGACGGCGAUCAAGUGGGUGACUCGGUGCUGCCCUGAGCUGCCCAGGAGCCUCGUGCAGAAGCUCUUCCGCUUGAGACAGGUUCGCAGGGAGUUGUCUAGUAUGGACCAGUCUGAUUCAGGCACUCAGACACAAGAUAUCCGGCUAAAAAGGGUUGCUGCCAAAGACCCAAUGAAUUUGGGAGAUAGAGUGUAUCUUCCUAUCACUGUUAAGGAGGUGCCCUCCAGGAAAGAGGAGACUCAGGAGAGCCAUUUCACCAUUGAAGAAGUUAACUUUGUUCGCAGCCUUGAGUUGUAUAAGGACUCUUCAAUUAUUGCCAUCAAUAAGCCCCCAGGAAUGCCGGUUCAGGGGGGAACAGGCAUCAGAAGAAGCUUAGAUGAGCUGGCAGUGUCUUGUUUAAAGUACAACUACCCUGAACCCCCUCGGCUGGUGCACAGACUAGAUAGAGAUUGCAGCGGAAUCCUUUUGAUGGGGAGGACACGGACAAGUGGUGCGUUCUUGCACUCGAUAUUCCGUGAAAAAACCAUUGGAGCUUCCAGUGAUGAUAUCAAAAGAAGAAAGCGCAUACUGCAACGGAAGUAUUGGGCCCUUGUCAUUGGGUCCCCGAGACGACCGAGGGGCUUGAUUUCAGUACCAUUAAGAAAGAUUGUGGUGGAUGAUGGAAAAUCUGACAGAAUAACUGUGAUCGUCAACGUUCAGAGCCAGACUAUUUCUUCUCAGCAUGCAAUGACUGAGUAUCAAGUGAUUGACUCUAGUAACGGUUAUACAUGGUUAGAGCUGUCACCUCUCACAGGUCGAAAGCACCAGCUUCGAGUACACUGUGCUGAGGUGCUAGGCACUCCAAUAGUUGGAGAUUACAAGUAUGGAUGGAGAGCCCAUAGGAAGUGGGAAAUGUUUCCACCCGAAGAGAGCUCGAGUGGGAAAGUCAGAGGGAAGGCCCUUCCCUUUGGUCUCGACCUCGAAAGCGGGAGCAUCUCCGAUAAGCAGCCUCGGCUUCAUCUCCACUGCAAGGAGAUUCUCUUUCCUAACAUCUCUCAGGCUUUGCAAAAUGUUGAUUCGUCUCCAAGGCAAGACCUUUUGGAAUUGGAAAGUCUUGAGUUGGUCGCACCGUUGCCUUCUUAUAUGCAGAAGAGCUUCGAUAUUUUGAAGUCACGAUGAUUGCUGAGAAGAAACAAAUGGUCGAGUGAGUAGCGGUGAGUAGAUUUCACUUCACGGGGUAAGCAUUUUUCUGCAUUUGGUUCAAGACUAGGAAACCUUUAUAAUUCUUCACUUUCCUAGAGGGGCAUAAAAAGUUUUUCGCGGGCUUGUAUGUAUACUCAGAAAAUGUAAAGUUAUCGAUCAAUUCAAAUGAAUGUGGCCCGCCAUCAUUUUCCGGCA